AUGGCACUUUUUUCUUUUACCAAACUUUCACUAUUAGCUUUUGUACUUUACAUGUGGCAACAUCCCAACUAUCACCAGGAUGAUUUUUCAAGACAGGGUGUGAAUGCUUCGUUACACGUAGAUAACAUUGUUUGUAGAAAUUUAGCAAGCAAAGAAGAAGCAACUCCGCCAGAGGAAAACCUCCAAUUAGGACAAAGAAGAAUAUCUGCUGAAGGAAAGGGAAGAAAAGGAAAAAAAGAAGGAAAGAAGGAAAGGAAAAAGAAGAAAGAAAAGGAUGAGGGAGGAAAAAGAAUGAAGAUUCCAGAUUUAGAGUUCAGUAUUCCACGGUUUAGGAAGCGAUCCUAG